AUGAUAGAGAUUCCAGUUCCAGCCCCUGUGGGCCCAGAAUCGAGCCCACCAUCGAGUCCAGAUGGAUUCAGCAUCAGCGAGUCAUUGGCCCCUCCGCGUGAACUCAAAGCCGCCACCACUACGGAUAUCACAUUCGACGGGCUCCUGAAAGAGCCACUGCUACUAAAAGAAGAUCUCACAAAUGGAUGCGGUGGUCAGUUAUGGCCCGCAGGCAUGACGCUGGCCAAAUACCUUCUCCGCCGCCAUGCUGCCGAUCUAUCUGAUAAAUCAAUCGUGGAACUUGGAGCCGGCGGUGGUCUCGUCGGACUUGCAAUUGCACGCGAAUGUCAACUCGAACAACCGCUCUAUAUCACAGACCAAGAACCUAUGUUUUCCCUAAUGAAGUCCAACAUCCAGCUAAACAAUCUCGGCCCGAAAGCGACUGCUGCGAUACUAAACUGGGGAGAGCCGAUCCCAAGCCAGAUUCCAUCACAACCAGAUGUCAUCCUUGCUGCUGACUGCGUCUAUUUCGAGCCGGCAUUCCCGCUCUUGAUCACCACGCUCAAGGACCUCCUGGGACCCAACUCGGUCUGUUACUUCUGCUACAAGCGCCGCAGAAGAGCCGACAUGCGAUUCAUGAAGAUGGCCAAGAAGGCUUUCCACAUGGAGCCAGUCCUUGAUGACCCCGGCGCUGAUGGUUAUAACAGAGAAAACAUCUUCCUCUACACGAUACGUGCCAAACAGUCCGAUCAGAAAAAGUGA